GCUCAACAGUUCAUUUGUUUUGUGGAAAAACAGCAACGAAGGCGGCAGCCAGAACUGACUCUGAGAAAUGGAGAGCUACGCAGCCUCCUUCGCUCUACGCCCCAACGCCUAUUCCCCUCAUCCUCGUAUCGCCCAUGGCGGCGGUUCCAUUGGGAUGCUUCCUCCCAAAAAAAAGCUCUUUUCGCCUCAGCCUCUUUCUCUUCCGCUGCAGAAGCAAUCGCAGUUAGGUUAUUUCAAUUACCAAAGCAAUGUGAAUGUUAGUCCUCUUCGCGUAGCCUCUCCUGCCAGCGAUGUAGCGUCGGAAGUAGGGGAUAUUGAUUGGGACAACCUUGGUUUUGGAUUAAUACCGACUGAUUUUAUGUACAUCAUGAAGUCCUCCCAAGGUAGAGCCUUCUCCAAAGGUGAAUUAAAGAGAUUUGGGAACAUUGAGUUGAGUCCAUCUGCAGGCAUUUUGAAUUACGGUCAGGGACUGUUUGAAGGUUUAAAAGCUUAUCAAAAACAAGAUGGUUCUAUCUUACUAUUUCGUCCCGAGGAAAAUGCACUUAGGCUCAGGAUGGGCGCUGAGCGAAUGUGCAUGCCGGCUCCGACAGUGCAGCAGUUUUUGGAUGCUGUACAGUACACUGUUGUGGCAAAUAGGAGAUGGAUUCCGCCACAUGGUAAGGGUUCUUUGUAUAUUAGGCCUUUGCUUAUGGGGAGUGGACCAGUUCUGGGCCUUGCACCGGCUCCUGAAUACACUUUUUUGGUUUAUGUUUCUCCGGUGGGGAACUAUUUCAAGGAAGGUUUGGCACCAAUAAAUUUGGUGGUUGAGACUGAAAUGCAUCGAGCAGCUCCUGGCGGCACUGGUGGAGUAAAGACUAUCGGAAACUAUGCUGCAGUAUUACAGGCGCAGGGUGCUGCAAAAGCAAAAGGCUUUUCCGAUGUUCUAUAUCUAGAUAGUGUCCAUAAACGAUACUUGGAAGAAGUCUCCUCCUGCAAUGUGUUCAUUGUAAAGGGUAAUGUGAUAUCCACUCCUGCAAUAAAAGGGACCAUCCUACCAGGAAUCACUCGGAAGAGCAUAAUCGAAGUGGCUCUUAGUCAAGGAUUCGAGGUCGAAGAACGGCUAGUGACAGUAGAUGAAUUGCUCGAUGCAGAUGAAGUGUUCUGCACAGGAACGGCUGUCGUGGUUUCACCUGUUGGCAGUGUGACAUACCUCAAUAAAAGGGUGACUUACGGAAACAAUGGGGUCGGGCGCGUGUCGCAACAACUCUAUUCGGCCCUUACCAGCCUGCAGAUGGGGCUUGCUGUGGAUGAGAAAAACUGGAUACAUGAGAUCCAGAAAAUAAGGUAAUUUUAUCAGUUUUGAUUCAUCUGUCUGUGUCUUGAUCUUGCAUUCUAGCAUUGCAACUUUGUUGCUAUUUUCUCUCUCUCUCUCUCUCUCUCUCUCUCUCUCUCUCUCUAUAAUUUAAGUUCUCCACGCUGCAAACUGGUCGGUCUGCUUUCUUCCUUCAUCAUGAUUCGAAUAAAAUUAGUGUCUUGUCUUGGUUAGGAUAGAGGAGGAGAAAACUCUAUGGUUCUUUUCUCACUCUGCUUUUGCAAAUCUAUUUUGUUCAUCUUGGUUUCAUCAUGUGUAAGUUUAUACAUUACAUACAAUAUAUAAACGAACAAUAUAUGACAA